CCCGGCGAGAGGCGGUGCCGGGCCUGGCGCGGCCGGAGGAGGCGGGCGCGGCGCUGCGGGAGGGGCUCGGAGCCCAUGGCGGCCGCGGCGGAGGGGCCGCCCGAGGCCGGCGCGCAGCCCGCCAAGCAGGAUCCUGCUGUUGAAACCGCGGAGGAAGCAAAGGAACCAGCGGAGGCAGACAUCAAUGAACUCUGUAAAGACAUGUUCAGCAAAAUGGCCACUUACUUAACGGGAGAACUGACAGCCACCAGUGAAGACUACAAACUCUUGGAAAACAUGAAUAAGCUGACUAGCUUGAAGUACCUAGAAAUGAAAGAUAUUGCUAUAAACAUCAGUAGAAAUCUUAAGGAUUUGAAUCAAAAAUAUGCUGAUCUUCAGCCGUAUCUGGAACAAAUAAACCUAAUUGAGGAGCAGGUUGCAGCUCUGGAGCAGGCAGCGUAUAAAUUGGAUGCAUAUUCCAAAAAGCUUGAAGCCAAGUACAAAAAACUGGAGAAGCGAUGAAGUUAAACAGUCUUUAAGUUGGAGUUGGGCAAUGAAUCAGACUGAUUCCAGGUUUUACACAACAGCAGUUCUGUAUCUUGCCAAGGAUUUGGUUGCAGCUGACAUUGAGACUGGGAACUUCUAGAUACUGAAUACAGUAGGCUGUAUUCAGGCUUAAGGCUGAAUAAUAUUUUCCUCUUCUCUGGAGGUUCUGUUGCUCAGUUGUUUUGCAGUGAAAAGUAGAAACCUGUCCCUAACCCAUGUUGAUAUUGGCUAUAUGUGUGUUAGUCCUGUUUUUCACAUGAAAUAUUCUGCCUAAGAAAGUCCUCUGUAAAGACAUUUUCCCUCAGUAGCAGUAGGACCAAAACUUCACUUUUUUCUUCACUGAGCUCUGUGUUGAGAAGGUACCUGGGCCUUUGGACUUUUGAGAGAGGUAUUGAAGACCCUAAUUUUGGUAUCCCCCAUUAUCUAUUUGAAAUAGGGAGACUAAUUAUUAUAAAUUUACAAUAAAACAACUUACUACA